CGACGAGACGCACGGAGCGGCACGGCUGCGCGCCCGCCGAGCUCGAGCUUCUCCAACGGAAUGAUGAAAAAGCGACCUCGCGCGAGCCGCGCGUAACCGCCGUACGCCGACGUAAACAACUGAGCGCCGCCCGCCGGUGUAAACAAUUGAGCGUCGGCCGCCGAACGCCGCAUACCACACACUCUACGAAAUAUUCCACGUAUCGAAAUUAAUGUGGCGAUUAAGAUAAUAGACGUCGAGCAAGGCAAGAAGGACUACGUAAUGAAGAACCUGACGAGGGAAGCGAAGGUCCUGUCGAUGCUGCAGCAUCCGAGCAUCGUGAGGCUCUACGAAACUAUCCGGUGCGGAUCCGUGUACUAUCUCGUGACGGAACUCGCGACCGGCGGCGACCUGUGCACACACAUUAAUGAGCAGCCGGCCGGUAAACUGGACGAGAACACGGCGAGGCUCUAUGCCAGACAGCUGGUCGCCGCGCUCAAGCACAUGCACUCGAAAGGAGUCGUUCACCGGGAUCUUAAAAUGGAAAACAUCGUACUACAGGACGAACGCAAGGAACGGAUCAAGAUAGUGGAUUUUGGUCUCAGCAACAUUUACGCCAGCGACGAUCCACUGCGAACGCACUGCGGCUCCCCGGAGUAUGCUGCGCCCGAGCUCUUCGUUGUGGGUAAACGAUACGGGCCGGAAGUGGAUCUAUGGAGCCUAGGAGUAGUCUUGUACGGAAUGACCAUCGGUCAGCUUCCAUUCCUGUGUCCCCGCGACGAGUGGACGUCGUCGGAGGAACGCCGGAGGAGGCUGAUGAUCCAGAUCAACAGGGGCUUGACAUCGAUCCAGGAAAAGGCCAUGCACCAAACGUCGAUCGAGUGCAGGAACCUGAUAAACCGCCUGCUCGUCCCGUCGGUUCGCGAGAGGAUCACCAUUCGAGAGAUCCUUGACCACCCGUGGAUUCUCGCGCCGUCGAACAGCAAUUUUCAUCUUCGCUCUACGGAGAAUGACUUGAACGUCUCCAAUCACGCCGCGAUAGUGCACGAGAUCGCGACGGCAAUGCGAACAACCACGGCUGCUGUCGAGGCUGAAAUAAUGAGACGAAAGUACGGAGAAAUUGGCGGCAUGUAUAAUAUUAAAGAGCACAAAUUGCAUCAAGCAGCCGCAGCUGCUUAUCGGCUAGCGCCGCGGCUUCUUCGAAAUUCCACGUGUCGAACCGAAGGCGUUUCAUCGUCGACCAUGGCUAUCAGAACGACGAAAGAUAAUUUGCGAAACGGUACAUCCGGGCACCCUGACAAUGCCGAUCGCAUAAUUGUCAUGCGACGCGGCCAGGUGCAAGAUCGAUCGGUCAAGAAAUCCUCAUUACACGGUUCCGCGAUGUGGAACUGGCGAUGCCGUUCCGGAAACGAAAAUCGCUCUUCCGAGGAACGGAGAAAUUACAGGACUCGUUUCGAUACCACGAAGACGUUCUUAUCGCCCCAGCAGUGCCAUGAAUCGCAAAUUACACAAAAUCAGGGCGAUAAGAUUUCAGAUCGACGAUCGUACAGAGACGAGACAUGGAAGUCGAGAAAUUCUACAUCCUGUAAUGUUGCCAAAAAAAUGGAAAAGAGCCGCAGCAUCUUUAAGAUCGGUAAAGCAGAUUGCGAUAUGAUCCCGAGCUCUUCGACUUUGCAAACCCACUCGCGCGUCAGCAGCGAAAGCGUGCCUGCUUCGCGAAUCAAGGAGAGCUUUCACAAAAAGAUACUUGCUCCGCCCUGGCGAUGUCGCAUCGGAAGUGCGAGAAUCAGACGAGAGACGUGAAGCUGGCAGAAGCAUCUUUAGGUCUCACGAAGCGUGAAAUAUGGCGACGUUCUCGCUUUCCCGCGAAAAUGUCUGUCGAGAUUCGAAUGUUAAUCGCGUUAAAUUUUUCGGACGUGUUCCCUGUCAAUUGAGCAAUCUCAGUCGCUGCAAAUUCGAGAGACUUGCUCAACGAAUAAUUUUGAAUAGUUAUUUUUAGUCUCGAAGCUGCUUUGUAUUGUUUAUCGUGCGGAAGUCUCUAAUAAAAUUCAAGUGGACUCAGAUGGACGCAA